CUGACUCUUUCCACAGGAGUGCCCAGAGAUGGGCACAGCUGUGCUUGCAGGGCCGAGCCUGUCAGAGGGUGGGAGGCCCCCAGAUGCUACUCCACGGGUAGAGCCUCAUGGUGAGCACAGCAAGGAGACCCCCGUGGAGAGUAAAUCAGGGAAAACAAGAAGCAUAAACCUCAGGAAACAGCUGAGUGAGCAACGGAGAGAGAAAACCCACUGCACCAGGGUGCCCAGUGCCAGCCGGGAGCAUCCCUGGUACUGACUCCCUGCUGUUAAAUCACCAGCGCUCCAUGCAAAGGGGGUCUCUGGGCAGUGGGCAUGCUCCCCCGAAGGGCUCCAAAGCCAGGGCCUGGGCUAUAGGACACGAGAACCAGACUGCCCUGGGGCCAGCACCUGGCACAGAGGGAGGCAGGGACUGGCUGCAGAGAGCAGCCACUUGGGUUAGUGAGGUGGGAGGGAGCCAGGCCUCAGAAACAGGGAUUGGGAGGCAGCGUGGCCUAGUGGAUUGAGCACAACUGAGUCCCAGUCUAGGGUCAAGUCCUGGCUCUGCCACUGGCCUGCUGGGUUCCCUUGGGCAAAUCACUGCACUGCCCAAUGUGUCAGUUUCUCCACUCCAUCUGUAAAAUGGGGAUAAUGAUACUUCAGUAGUAAUCCUUUGUAAAGUCUACCUAGAGAAGGGCUCAAUGUUACUGUUAUUAACAUCCCAGAUCUCCGCCAGAGGGAGCCAGGAGCCUAGAGGAGUUUAUUCUGCCAGGACAAACUAGCUACUUCUUACCAAGGGUGCCAGUGACCCCAGCAGCCCAGUGCAUGGUGACACUCUGCCUACCCCACACCUGCAGCCUCCCCCUACCCUGCCUUGCCUUGACUCUCAGGUGCCACCUCCAAAACACAGAAAAUCAGGCCACUGGCCAUGCCCCCUCACACCCAAGCUGAUCUUCCCUCCCCCCCACAGCACUUCUCCAGAAACCUCACCCCACUGUCCACAAGCCCCACCCAUGGGCAAUGGGUCUACCUCACCCCAAACUGGUCCCCAGCCACUGGACCCGGGUGUGCCCACUGCUGCAAUGCACGUGGCCAGCUGCCAAGUUACCUCUGUGAGUAACAAAAAACCUGGCAUGCCACGUCCCCCAACUGGCAAGCGGCAUGGGCACAGAAAAAACAGCCAGGCUGGUCAAAAAACCAGCCAGGUGACUGCCAGCUCUGCACCCCCUUCCUCCUCCCCUUGGGGAUCCCCUAAAAAACCCAAAGUCUCCCCACACCAUUCUCUUCCCUCCCCCAGUCUCCCUUGCUGGGGGGAGCAGGCAGGGGGCACUGGACAUUAAACAUUCGCUAACAAAGCCAGUGCACGUAGCUCGGGAGAGCAAAUGGGUGAGCAGAUUCCCAGCAGAUCUGAGACACCCAGAAAAGACGGGGUGAGGGGAGAUAAAGAGGAAAGAUCCCUCGAAAGAGGGAGCAUGAGUGAGGGUCAGAGACUGGGAUGCCCAGACAGAACACGGGCACAAAACCCAGGCUAUCUUGCCCCAGAGCUCCCCUGAGGACAGAAAGCCUGGUACUGAACCCCACCUCCCUCCCUCCCUGUCCCUUCAACCCCCCUUGCUUCCCACCCACUCUGUCUGGGAACAGCAAUGCUGAGUGCGCCGGAUCGGCCAGGAGCCUGGUUGUAUUUCCUCCCAGCCGCCUGGCUCAGGAACCUCGGAGAACGAACAGGAGAUGGAUUAUCAGCUCUCACUGCCCCUCGCUCCGCCCUAGGUGGCCCCCAUGCUGCUCUGGGCAAGAGGAGGGACUUUCCGCCCCCUUUCGCCUUUUUCAGAGGCGAGAGGCUGGGCUGCAGUGGAGUUUUAACCGAGUUGGAACCAGGUUUUCACAGGAGUCAGAGCUGGGAGUUCGCAGCGGCCAGCUGCUCUGGACGGGACAGGACGGGAGGGAUCCCUGCCCGGGAAGGAUGCAAUUGGAGUAUCCCAUCCCUGCCUCCUCUCUGCGCAGCCUGCCUCCCGUCAGCGACCAAGGAGGCUGCGGCAACCUGGGGAUGGUGCUAGCUCCAUGCCCCAGCUCAGAGCCACCCAGAUGGGCGAGGUGACCAAGCCUCCCUACAGCUACAUUGCACUCAUCACCAUGGCCAUCCAGAGCACCCCGGAGAAGAGGAUCACCCUGAACGGCAUCUACCGGUACAUCAUGGGCCGCUUCACCUUCUACCGGGACAACAAGCAGGGCUGGCAGAACAGCAUCCGCCACAACCUGUCGCUCAACGAGUGUUUCGUCAAGGUGCCCCGGGAUGACAAGAAACCCGGCAAGGGCAAUUACUGGACCCUGGACCCCGACUGCUACAACAUGUUUGAGAACGGCAGCUUCCUGCGCCGGCGGCGCCGCUUCACCCGUAAGAGUAGCCUACGGGAGGUGCCGGAGGGAGGGGCGGAGGGGGCGCGGAAGAAACAGCCCAAGUACCGGGCCCGGCAGCACCCCCAGCCCUUGGCCCUCUUGGCCGAGGAGAUCAAGACAGAGAGCAACUACUCCUCACCUGCUCCCGCCAGCCAGCUGCUCAGCUCGUGCGGGGGGCAGACGGGAGUGAGACAGGCGCUGACCUUGGAGGUUCAAAUGGGUACCAAGGAGUGUGGCCAGGGCAGCAAGGAGCCCAGCAUCCAUUGCCCAGAGCAGCCAGGCCAGGCCAGCCUGCUGACCCCUAGGAAGUACCUGCAGAAACCCAGGCAGGCGUGCCUGUACCCGUUGGAGGGGCCGGAGCCCAAACCCCAGCUCUUUGAGAAGCAGCCCUGCUACCCAGGCCUCGAGGGGCGCCUGCUGGAGACCCAGGGGCAAGAGAGCCCCCGGCUGAAGGAGACUGUCUUUGGGGGGCUUCAGCCCCCCAUCCAGAUAGCUCAACCCCCUUACACUGCCCCGGGGGAGCGAGUGACCCCGCAGCACCCCCAGCUGACCAGGGACAUCAAGGAACCGCCUCAAGCCACACCAGCCCUGACCGUGUCUCCCGACAGUGAACAGGAGGGUAAGGAGUCUGGGACAUGCACCAUUGGGCUGUCCCAGCCAUUCAGCCAGGUGGCCCCCGUGUUCCCAGCCCUGCUGGGGCCCAGCAAGCCCUCGCUGCCCUGCAGCCGGCAGCCUUCGCCAGCCUGCUUCCCCUCCUUCGAAGGCGACAGCUAUAUCAAGCCGACACUGCCCGUCUUCAGCUCCUUCGGCUGCUCGGGCUCUGACACAUUGGGCGGGAACUACCAGUGCCGGGUGCAGGCACUGAGCUUCUGCAUGAACGAGAGGGCAUGCAACUCGGCCCUGGAGCACCUCUUGACAUCGUCACCGAGCGCAGCUCCCGUGACUCCCAUCCAGCCGCCCCCCUUCAGACCUGCCGUCCAGCUGCAGGGGGAGCAGAAGGAGUCGUGGGCUGGGAGCCCGUUCUCCCUGCCAGGAGGGAAUGGUUACCAGCUGGGACUCCCCCACUGUCUUUACAGGACACCUGGCAUGUUCUUCUUUGAGUGACAGGCCCCGCCCAGGACAGACUGUGCCCUCACAGCCUCUCUUGCUGCCCACCGCUGUGCCCAGGACAUCCCUGGCCAUUCCACUUGCCCUUCGGAGAGCUGAUGCCAAGGAAGGGACUCUCCAUGUAAGUUAUUCUCUCCUACUGCUUCCUGCCCAGUGGUGACUGCCUGAUGGAGCUAAGAGGGACCCUGGCUCCCAGGAGAAAUCACUUUGGGUACCGUACCACCCACUGCCAGCAUUCUUUUGCCAUGGCUGUUAUCCCACAAAACUAGAACGCUGCAUGGGAGACAGGGGCUGAAUGGAACUGUGUCCUGGCUUGUGGAAUAAAACACAUCCCCCAACUG